AUGCCCGACCUGCACUCACUUCCCGAAGGCACUUGGCCCGAAAAUGCCCUUCGCAACAAUGGGCCUGACCAUUUAGUCCUGGAGCGAGCAAAGUUGCGUGAACUUGCGGAAGGCUGGCCUUGCUACCGCGACGCUUGUGAAUGGAAGAACUUCGAGUCGAUUUUCCACGAAGACGCACAUGUGUACACGACCUGGUCUGGACGAGUGUCCUAUAAAGAUUUCAUCGCUGCAUCAAAGGCCGGCAUGGACAAGGGUGCCUUCAUCAUGCACCGCUGCCAUGGUGUGACAACAGAUAUCACCGCCGAUGCCACUCGUGCUGUGACCAAGAUGAAAGCGACCAUUACCCAGCGCUUCACAAUCGACGGAUGCGAAGUUGAUGCCGAGGCAGACUGCCGAUUUUGCUUCUUCUUUGAGAAAGCCAAUGGCCGCUGGGGUGCCCGAUUGGUUCGGCACUGGUAUGAAAAAGAUAAGCUUCUGCUUGUCAACCCGUGUAAGGUUCCACGCAUUGAUGAUGAGAAGCUCAGCUUGUAUCCUGAGGGGUACAAGUAUCUUGCUUACUGCCAGGAGCUCACUAUGGGUGUUACCGUACUGAGAGACAUGCCUGGACACAGAAGGCACAUUGGGACCGCUGCUGGAGAAAAGCACGAUCUGCUGUAUCGACUAGCCAAGGAUUGGCUGGAUGGAAAGACAAUCGAUAUAUAA